UUCAGAGUUGACUUUUCAGCAGGACUUUUGUAGAUGUAUGCAGAUACUGGGAAGUGUUACUGCAAUAGGAAUAAAAUGAAAAUAAUCUCGAGAUGAAUGAAUGACUAAUGUGUGUGUAUUAUGAAAGUAUAUGGCGCUCUUGAAAAUUUAUGUCUAAUCAAAAUGGUUGGUGCUUUGAAAUAAACGAGAAUAGAUGGAAUCGAAACUUUUUGUUAUCGUAUCAACAUAUUUGGUUUUAUACGUGACAUCAUACAGUUCUCUUUCUGCAGGGCAGAUUUCGGAUCUCACCUAUGAGGAUGGGUGCAUACAAAAAGAAAAUGAUACUGUAGAAGCACAUUAUGGAUGGCCAGCCGAAAUAUCGUGUUUUGUUCUUUUUGAUAAUUAUUAUUAUUAUUAUGAUGAAGAACGAAAUGAAACAACCACAGAUAUCGGGACGUGCAUCGUUAUGACGGUUCCUUUUGGUAACAUUGUCUACAACCAAUCUGUUUCCAAUGAUUAUGAUGUGAUGAGCAACACUGCUUAUUUCAUCCAGGACACCGCGAAAGAUACUCAUUCAGAAUACCUUGUACAAUACGUGACUGGAGAACACUGUUCGUAUCAGUUUAUAAAGCUUCAUAAAACUCAUGUUACGAAUCCGAGAUGUGGCGACACGACAGUAGAAGUUAAUUCAAAGACAAAAUUUGGAGCUACACGAAGCAUGCGUUGUGAAGGAAACUCUGACACAGCGCUUUUAACACGGCUGAGAGAAAGAGGAGAAUUGUUUUACAAAUGGAAGCAUAAUUGUCGUAAUACUUCAAAAGACGACAAACAGCUCACAAUCAACAAUUUUUCGCCUAGCGAUACAGGCACAUAUACGUGUCUUGCUGUUUACAAGGGGAAAGAACUAUUUGUGAUGAAAUAUAAUAUCUGUGGAAUAUUUGCCAAUACUGCAGAACAAACUAUGUCAGUACAUUGUCCAGAAACUGUGUCUGUGAAAAUUGGACAAGAAGCAGAAAUUAUUUGCCAUGCGGAUUUAGGAAUUGGUAAAGCAAAUAAUCUUCUCGUUUUUUCAAAUUGGACCAAGGCGAACGAUCCAUUUAGAUGUGAAAAUUUAAAUAAAGGAAUAAGCAACUCAACUAUAGGACCAAGAAUAACAUGCCUAACAGAGUCCAACGCUACAAAAUGUUACAGUUUUCCUACUCCUCUGCCCGACAAACCACCACACGACAUAUUCGAGGUCAUAUUGAGGAUAAGAAAUGUUACUCUCAACGAUCUGGGAUCCUAUAAACUGAGGUUCAAUUACUCCUCUAAUGAGGAAUCCGCAAAUAUAAAGUUGGUUGCAAGCAUGAGCAAUGUUUUAAUAGUCACAAGAACUGCUGUUAUUGUUGUAACAAUCCUGAUGUUUUCAAUAUUAGUUUUAUUGCUGCUGUUACUAUGGAAAAAGCACCUUUUUCGGUGGCUUUGGAAGAAAUAUUUUGGACCAUACGAAACAGAUGUUUACCCCUACACCGCAUACCUUGCUUAUUAUUAUGACAACGAUCCGGAGAAAAUGUCCGAAAUGUCAAAAAUGAAAGUGGAAACAUUGGUUUUAAACAUUGAACGCUUUAUCAGUCGUUUACAUGGAUCAACAUACAAUGAUCAAAAACAGUCAGACUUGGACCGACGCGAAACUGUAGAACUUCUGCAAAAAUUAUCAGAAUGCCAUCGGAUCAUUAUAUUGCUAUCACCGGAAUACAUUAAUGAUUAUUGGAGUUUACACACAACACAUCAGGCUCUUCAAGAAGUUUUGAAUACCGAAAAAAAGUUGAUAUUUAUAACGAUGCCUGGCGCAAAGAAAGCGGUCUCUCUUUCAGAUGAUAAAACGAAAUAUUUAUUGCAAUAUGCAAUGAAACGAAGCACAACUGUGCAUUGGUCUGGAAUGGUACCAUUUUCCAGUACAUUCAAGUACAGAAUUGGGUACGCAUUACCAAAAUUACGUCCAAGAUGCAAUCAGCAGGUUCAAAAUCAAGUUUGAUUGCGAGAUGGGGAUUUACUGUACUGUGUAGUUACUUACACUGAAAACGUAUGGGAACGUUUAUUGAUGAAACCUGCGAAAUUUUAUUUGAUGAAUAUAGUUCUUAUUUUUGUAACUUUUUCUUCAGUGAUUAAAAAACUCAUAUUACAGAUA